ACAGGUUAUGAAUAUGGCGCUUAGACAAACUGAUCUUGGAGCAGUAGCCCCUUUUGCAGGGAAAUGAGUGGAAGCAUUUGCUAUUUUUGCAAGAAGGCAAAUUCUAACUAUGAGCCCUCAAAAAUAAAAUUACCCCAGUUGAGUUAGUCAAGAAAGUUCUUUCUUCUUUUCAUGAGUGAGAUUAUGUCGAGAUUUAUUCAAUUUUUAAGGAAAUUACAAUGAUUCAAGAGGAUUUUAAUGAUCUUGAAACUCCUAGCAAAAUGCUGGAUAGCCAGAAGAAGAGUAAUUUGGAUGUCAGUCUUACUGAGUGAAAAUGAAAUGAUACAGAAAUUCAUCAUCGGCUUAGACUGAUUGAGAGUCCUAUCAAUAAGCUGGAUAUUGAGAUGAAGGACAAUGAGAAGAAAAGCAGAAAUUACAAUGGAAACACUAAGAUUCUUACCUAAUGAAGACCUUACCAACGAGAUACUUUCAAUAGACAAGGAACUAAACGAACUUGGGAUGAACAUUGACCCUCAAAAAUGUCAGGUAGAAAUAGUAUCAACUCCUAAGAGAGAGGAUUACAAGUUCAACAACAAUACAAUGAAGUACACCAAAAAGUCAACUGAAAAGUCUUACAGCAGCCAAUUUCAGAAGAAGCAGCAUUGCUCCAAGACGCGUAGCUCCAAAGGCAAAAAAUAAUUCGCCGAAAAGGCUUAAAAAGGAUCCCAAGAAAGGAAAUCAAAAUAGGAAGAAUAAAGUCCAUGGGAUGCACAACCGGGAUAACUUCAGUCAUUUCUUAAUCAAUGCUGUUAAAUCAAUGAAAAAGAGGUCUCAAGAACGAGGGAAGAAGAUCAAACGGGUUAAAAGCUCAGGGAAAAUUAUACAGUUUUCGACCAAAAUGAAGCCCUCUCCGAAGGAAAUACUUGAACCUCGAAGGAGAAUCAAGAUCAUUGACAUGGUAUCAAAGCAGCACACUAACAGAACUGCUAAGGAUGUCUUUCUUAAGGAGAAGAAUAAUAGCUUCUUGAGUAAAUCUCUUAAAAAGACUCCAAAGAAGAUUACAUCUGCUCGGGCUAAGAAGUACUCAGAUGAAAAAAACAGCCAGUUUGAGUCACUCAGGUUGAAGAUCCCGAUCAACCAAAACAUUGCUAAUAUACAAGAGGGUUUCAAGAUGAUGGACGAGAGUGAUUCCAACCCUGCAAGAAGCUAUAGCAAAGAGACUAAAGAGGGCCGGAACUCCUUCUGGGAGUCUCUUCAUAGCUCUGUUAAACAUAAAAAUGGAUCAAGCCCAUGGCUGGAGAAAUAUAACACCCAGAACACAUUUAAGACUCACCGUGCUGGAACUGAAAAGUCUCCAUUUAUUAUAAUGAACUCUCCAGCGAGGAAUAUCGAUGACUGUAGGUCUAUCAAGAUCAAACAGACAAUGAACUCAGAGAUGCAGAAGAUGUUCACAUCAAUUAGCAAACCUGAUAUAACAGUCUCAGAUUCCUGUCCCAGCUUCUGUAAAGAGAACCACUAGGAAGGAAUAUAAAUUCAAUAUGGUUUAGUAAAA